AUGGCGGAAACCAAACAGGUGCUGCGUGUGUACCGGCGUCUGCUUAAGCUAGCGCAGCAUUAUCCGAGCAUCAAGCGCGAGGCGAUUAUUCGUGAUAUCAAGGAAGAAUUUCAUGCUAACGCGAUAAUCACAGACGCGCAAAAAAUCUGCGAGGCAAUGGCAUCGGCACAUGCAGGCAUCAAGGAGCUGUCAAUGUACGCUAGUUUACAUCCCUCGCAGCCUAAUUGGAGCGUUGAGGUAGGACGCGAUGCGAUACAGUCGCAAUUGCGUGAAGGAUCACAAGUAAAGGUCGUUCGCGACGGCAACAAAGCAGUUAAAAAAUAA